AUGGCUCAAGUCUGUGAGGAGGUAGCGGCUCAACAGCUGAUGCAAGAAAGGGGCCAGGCUGGUGGUGUUGGUGUGAAUCUUCAAGCUGCUGACACAGUUGAUCUUCAAGCUCAAGCAAGGGCUCAUCGAAUUGGUCAAAAGAGGGAUGUUCUUGUUCUUCGGUUUGAAACAUUUAGUGCUGAUAUGGACUUUGCGAUGCAUGUAUCAUUUGAUAGGGAUAGCUUUAGAGGUGUACACAGUCUAAUUUGUACUGUUGUUCAAACCGUUGAAGAACAAGUCAGAGCUUCGGCUGAGCACAAACUUGGUGUUGCUAAUCAGAGCAUUACUGCUGGUUUUUUUGAUAAUAAUACUAGUGCUGAAGAUCGAAGAGAAUACUUAGAAGCCCUCCUGCGUGAGUGUAAGAAAGAAGAAGCUGCACCUGUUCUGGACGAUGAUGCUCUAAAUGAUGUCUUAGCCCGCAGUGAAACAGAGUUGGAUAUAUUUGAGGCUGUUGACAAAAAAAGAAAGGAAGAUGAGCAGGCUACCUGGAAGAAAUUGGUGCAUGGACAGACAGCUGAUGGAUCUGAUCUUAUUCCUCCACUUCCUGCUCGUCUGGUGACUGAUGAAGACCUGAAACAGUUCUAUGAAGCAAUGAAGAUAUCUGAUGUGCCUAAGGGUGCAGUAGAAUCUAGUGGAGUAAAGCGAAAGGGUGGAUAUCUUGGAGGCCUUGAUACUCAACAAUAUGGCAGGGGAAAGCGUGCAAGAGAGGUACGUUCCUAUGAAGAGCAAUGGACGGAGGAGGAGUUUGAGAAGAUGUGUCAAGUUGAAGCUCCAGAUUCACCCAAAGUAAAAGAAGGGGCAGAAAUGAGUUAUCCAACAAAUACUUCCAGCUCUGUUGUAUCUACUUCCAACUCCCAACCUAUGGCUGUGCCUCCGGAGGCUCCAACAUUGCCUUCUGUGGAGAGUUUGCCUGUGCAGCAAGUGAAAGAGAUAACCCCACCAGCCAAACGUGGUCGUGGAAGACCUAAAAGAAUAGCUUCAGAUAAGUCACCAGCUGUGAUGGGCCCUCCACUAACUUCUGGAACUGCUGAAGUAGACACACAGUUACAAAAAGGAAUUGGGUUUGGACACUUAGCACCUCCAGCUUCUGAUUCUGUUGCUCAUUCUGCUGAAGUUACAAGUGUGAAUGCACCUGCACAGCAGUCUGAUACAGGAGUUGCUCCUAAUGCACAUCCUGCCAUUCCUGUGCCGACUAUUCCACCAAAUUCCCAGGUAGCUGCUAUUCCUGUGUCAGUACCUAUUCAAGCAAGAGGGCAAGGGCGGAAAAGUCAUGGUAGUGAAGGGAUUAGACGUAGAGGAAAGAAGCAGGCCAUGAUUCCACCUUUGAUCCCGGGUAAUUCUGUUGGUCCUGAUCAAAAGGUGAAUGAGAAAUUGGAAAAUAAAAUGGUAAGUCCUUCCGGUCAACCUAUCUCGCAGAGUGAAACUGCUCCCAGCUUUGCUGCUGUACCCUACCCACCUUCUGCUUCUUUGAACAGUGGGAAGGAUCUUUUGGGUGCUGGUACUGUUUUGAAUUCUCAGGCACCCCCUCCUUUACCCUCUAAUACAACCUUAGUUCAAACAGCACCGACUUAUCCGCCCGAACAAAUGCCAAGUAAAGGACAAAAUCAAAAGUCACAAACUGGGGUUUCACGUCGAAGGGGAAAGAAACAGGCACCAGUUCCAGAUGUUUUACAUCAAUCUGCUAAUUUACCGAUUUCAUCAGGCAGCAUGUUAAGUGAAAAAGCCACUGAAUUACAGAGCUUGCAGGCGAACAAUGUUCAAGAAUUAAAAUGUGUAGUCCAGGACCAAGCAUCACAGAACCUAGUUGAUCAGGAUUUAAAAUCACUGCAAGGAUCAGAUGAUUCAGCCAAACAGACAGUGAUCACAUCUUCAUGUCAAGAUAGUAUGAUCAAAUCACCAGGGCAAGAUCCUGAGGUUAUGGAUCCUGAUGUACAUGAUGCUUCUGUGAAGGUUGUUAAAUCUUCUGAAAUUACCUCGUCAAAAAUUGAUGAAGUUUGCAACUCAGGGAGUGAAAUUCCAUUUGUCACAACAGUGCCUGUUACUGACGUGACAAAGGAUCAACCUUCAUGUGGCAUAAUGCAAAAUCAAAUAGUUGAAACUUCAAAAGCCCGCCCUUCGCUUGUUGAUACUCCAACUGGCGGUGAAACUACUGACAGCAUCAGCAAGUCUUUAGAUCCUGUGACUUCAAAGAUUGUUCCUAGUACAUUAAGCACUAUUUAUCCUUCCCCUCCAGCCUCUGAAUCCACUCAUCCAGGCCCAACUGAAUCCAUGCCUGCCAAAAGGCAAGGUCGUAAAAUUCAAAAUAGAGCAGAGCCAGCACGACGAAGGGGUAAAAAAUCAGCUUCAGUGUUACCUGUUGUUCCUGAUGCAGUUACUGGUCAGGAUUCUAAGUCAAGUCAUCAUGCACAUAAUUCAUCAGGGGAUUCAUUGCAAGGUAAAGCCACUACCAAUAUCAGUCAAAGCCAAGCAUUUGAGAUCCUUUUACCCAGUGGAGUAGUUAUUCAUGAUUCAAAAAGAAAAGAUAGAGCAACCAAUUCUACGCAUAAUAAGCAACAGAAAGUUUCAAGGAUUGAUGGUGCACCUAUCUCCACAGAUAAGAUUUCUGUGCAUGAUGUUGCGAGGGUAAUGAAGGAAGUUUUCUCUGCAACUUGCUUACCAAAGCCCAAAGCUCAUGAUUCUGCGGGGAGUGAGGAUAAUAAUACAACUGUUGUUCAUGUAACGACUAAAGCUGCAGUGGAUGCCUCCAAUAAUCAGAUUUUGGAGGAUAAAGCACGAUCUGAUAUAACAACUAGUGGUGCAACAUGCCCUCCUUCGGAUGUUGUUGUGAUUGUUCAUGAAAAACAAUCAAAAGUGGCGUCUAAGAUGCAGAAUUUGGAGGGUAAAGCAAAUUUAGAUAUGCCAACUGCCGGAGAACAUAGCCUGUCAUCAGAUGACAAAGAAAAGGCUGAACAGACACAGCAUUGUGUUGAGAUAUCAACCACAGGGUGUAAAAUAGCUCUUGAUACAAAUCCAAAUACUGCCCAAAAAACUGAUGGUUCUCCUCAGAGAGUUUCUACCAGUGAUAUAGAUACGUGUAGCCUUACUUCGGAUGUUGUUGUGAAUGUUCAUGAAAAACAAUCAAAGGUGGCAUCUAAGAUGCAGAGUUUGGAGGGUAAAACAAAUUUAGAUAUGCCAACUGCUGAUGAACAUAGCCUGCCAUCAGAUGUUAAAGAAAAGGCUGAACAGACACAUCAUUGUGUCGAAAGCUCAACCACAGGGUGUAAAAUAGCUCUUGAUACAACUCUCAAUACCGCCCAAAUUACUGAUGGUUCUCCUGUGAGACUUCCUACCAGUGAUUUAAAUAUAGAUACUUGUGGCCAUCAGAUGCAUACAUCAUCUUGUGCAGGAUCUCUUGUGGUAAUUAAUCAUAAGCUUGGGAACCAAUCUGACUUUUCCGAGGAGUGUUCAAGAUCUUCUCCACUUGAUAUUUGUGGCGCAGGAUACCUUCCAACUCCAUCGGAACUCAACACUUCUAGUAAUAAUGUAUCUAGUCAGGCUGAUAUGUGCACUCAGAGCCAUUCACCCACAAACGAACCUCCUGAUAUCACAGAACAAAUUUCUACUGAAAAAUUAGAUCCUUCAGAACCAUCUUUGACAUCUACUUCUCUUGCUUGUGUUGAUAGCUCUGGGUCAUUGGUUCAGACUGAAAAUUUAGGUGAUCAACCACAAAUGACCUCAGCUAGUCCUGCAACAGAUCCUUCUCCAAGGACUUUGAUAGUUUCUAGUAUUUCGGAACACACUGAAGUUAAAAAUGAAACAGAGUGUACUACUAAAGCUUCUACUGAACUUUCCUCUUACGAGAGGAUUGUUAGCUGUAAAAUUCUAGAUUCACAGUUGCUGGAGCCUGAGAAUCCGAUUACUGUUGGAUAUGAUUCUCAAAAGGCAUUGGAACCCUCCAUAAAACAGUGUUCAGAAUCAGCUUCUGAAAUGGAGGAUCCUGUGGGUCUUGAAGCUAUUCAAACUCAGAAGCAUUCCGAUUCUGUAGAACCUGCUGAUUUGCCUGGUUCUCCGUUGAUUGAGAGUUGUUCAAAAUCUCUCUGUGAGGAAAAAAAGGAUGAUGCAAAUUCCAUGUCGGAGCAGCAUCAGUCUUGUGUUGCUAAAUCUAUAAAUAUUGACCUCGUUUCCCAAGAAAAUAUAGUAUUGCUCAAUCCUAUUGACAAUGGAGAAAUUUAUUCCUCUGAGGCUUGCCAAAUGGACAUGGACACAUCUGACAGGUUAGCAAUGCCGCAACCUUCUGAUCUGGAAGCUGUAGGAAAUGAUUUAAUAGGUAGUUCUGCUUUUGGCAGUCUUGUAGAGGGAGCUAUAUCUGAAGCUGCAGUUCUCCACCAGUCAACCUUGGUCGAAGAGCAAACUAGGUCCUUUGCUGUAACAAGUUUAGGUACAAGUUCAGAACCUCCUUUGGAAGAGUCAAUGGAGAAGGUUGUGCGCAACAACUCUGGGGUCCAGGAGGGAGUAAAAGUGGAUGAAGUGGAACCUGAUGUUCUAAUGGAUUCAUCUAUUAGUCAGGCUGUGCUAGUAAAACACGAUGUUUUUCAAGAAAAUAUGAACUUGUCCUCCCAUCCGAUAUCAAAGGAAGAAAACAUAGAUGGCUCAACUCCAAGGAGCGUAUCUAUAAGCACUUCUCCAUCAAAUGAAUUGAAGGAUUCUAAUCUUGAACUAGGUGAUAAAUAUGUAUCUCCAGUUGGUGAUUCCCAGAUUGGAUCUGAAGAUAAUAUAUUGAAGAGCUUGGAUUUAGUUUCAUCUCCUUCGGUGAGAAAGGAAGAAGGGAUCAGUUCUACUUCUGAUAUUGAUUUUUCUGAAGGUCAUUCAAUAUCUUUGAGGGUACCAGUUUGCUCUGAUGACUUGCUUGGUAAAUUGAAGGAACAUCAAUUAAUAACUGUCCCAAAUGCUGUGGAGCCUUCAUCUUCUCAACUGAAAGAGGAAGAAAAAAUUGGGGUUUCAUCUGACAGUACAUUUGUUGUAAGGUCUAUAUCUGAAAAGGGCAUGGAAGGAUCUGGCCUAUUGCAGGAAGAUCCAGUGGUGGAAAUCAAUAACGUGUUGUCAGAUUCCCCAAUGAUUGUUGCGCACUCUGUGGAGGCUCAAGUGUCGUUGGUCAAAGGAGAUAGUUCUGAAAUUAAAAUUACUGAUCAAAUAGAUGUUUCUCAGGCUUCUGAGAAUGAUUCAGAAAGGCUUACUUCCAAAAGCCUGGACGAUCCUUCUUGUUUGCAGACGGAGAAAGAUGCUAAUAUGUUAUCUGACAAGGACCCUUUCUGCAGUUCCCUUGGUCCAGACGAGAAAGAUUCUGCCAUCGAGAAUAGUAGGGAUGGCAUCAUGGAUCCUGUUGCAAAUCCGUUAUUGCAUCAGAAAUCAGAAUGUUCCGAAUCUGAGAAGGUUGAUGAAAUGAAGACAUCUGAUGUUGGCUGGGUUGAUCCAGGGCCGAUGGCCAAAAACACAGAUUUGCCUUCUUCCUUGGUGGAGCAAGAUAAAACUGAUGUAUCAUACGAGAGCCCAUUGACUGCUGCUGAACCAAACUCUUCUUUGACUGAAGACAAUUGUGAAGUUGCUAAUGAGGCAUCAAAUGCUUCUGAAGCUAAGAUUGGUAAUCAAAUGGGUGCAUCUGAUGUAGCUGGGGUUAAUACAGAACAAUUUUCAUCAAGUGACAUUAUUGAGCCAUCAUCGUCCUUGAUAAUUGAGGACAAUAAGAUUGUGUUGAUAUCGGACAAGAUUCCACAACUUAGUGUGCCACUACUCAUGGAAACAAAUGAUUGUCUGACUGCAGAGGGGGGCUGUAAAGAUGGCAGUGAGGGUCCCUCUACAAAUCCAGUACUGCUACAGGAAUUAAUUAAUAAUUCCGAAGCAGAAAUGUGUAAUCAACGCAAUGCACAGGUCGGUGGGAUACCUGGGGAUGAUGACAUAGCAUCGGAGGGAAAAAGAGAGGUGGAGAUGUUUUCUGAUGAGGGUCCACCAGGAAUCUUCGAAACCCAGGUUGAAUCAGGAGGAAUGGCUGACAGUGAGGACAGGACAGAUGGUAAAAGCUGUGCUACUGACAUGGAAAAUGUAUCUGAAGUCCCAAAUCCUUCAGUAUCAGUUGAGAAGAUGGAAGGCUUAUCUAAUGAAGGUAUUGUUGGCAGCGAAGCAAGAAUACAGGUAUCAGAAGACUGUGAAGUUGUUAUGGGUGAUGGAGUCGAUGUUACUCCAGAUUGUUUGGAUCCAUCAGUAUCUGUUGGGAAGGACAGUGAGGACGGAAGAGAUAUUAAAUGCUGUGCUACUGAGAUGGAAAAUGUAUCUGAAGUCCCAAAUCCUUCGGUAUCAGUUGAGAAGAUGGAAGGCUUAUCUAAUGAAGGUAUUGUUGGCAGCCAAGCAAGAGCGCAGGUAUCAGAAGAUUCUGAAGCUGUUAUGGGAGAUGGAAUUGAUGUUACUCCAGAUUGUUUGGAUCCAUCAGUAUCUGUUGAGAAGGACAGUGAGGACAGGAUAGAUAUUAAAAGCUUUGCUACUGAGAUGGAAAAUAUAUCUGAAGUCUCAAGUCCCUCAGUAUCAGUUGAGAAGGUGAAAGGCUUAUCUAAUGAAGGUAUUGUUGGCUGCCAAUCAAGAAUGCAGGUAUCAGAAAACUCUGAAGCUGUUAUGGAAGAUGGCAUCGAUGUUACACCAGAUUGUUUGGAUCCCUCAUCAUCAGUUGAGAAUGUGGUAGGGUUAUCGCAGGAAGGUUUAGUGUGCAGCCGAGCAUCUGGAGUUGUUACGGGACAUGGGAUUGAUGUUACUCCAGAUUGUUUGACUGUGCCUGAAACGGUGUCAAGUGGUGGGGCUUCAUCACCGUGCUCUUCAGCUGUAGGGAGUGAACAUGUGGACAACUUGUCUGAGAAGGAUGUAGUUGGUAACUCUGUGGCAAAACUUGACACUAAAGAAUCUGAAGCUGUUGUCUGUAACCAGGAAAACCAAGUGGUGCAAGAAAAGGCAUUGGAAGACAUGGAGCUUGGGAACUUGUCCGAGAAGGAUUUGGAUGGCAACACUGAAGCAAAACUUGACAGCGAACAAUCUGAAGCUGGUGUCUGUAACCAGGAAAAUCAAGAAAAAGCUAUGAAAGACAUUGAAAAAUCCACUCCUGCAGCUGAGGGCUCCUCCUAG